UCACUGCCAGAUUUGGGCAAUAUAUCCCUCCCUGCCGCCCCACCCACCCUUUUCCCAUAGACUGGAGGGUGCCAGGAGCUAUAAAUAGAGUGUCAGUUCUAGUGGCAGUGUAUAACUCCCGUAGACGACCAUCAGUGCCAGGCCCUCAUACCCACUGAGUGAAGAUGGCAUUGUUUUCCCUCCCAGUCAUAGGGCUGGUGAUAUUGAUCGGUCUUUCCAUCAAGAUCUUCAAAUCGUUUGCAGCCAAAACUUCAGGACCUAAUCCAUUUAAGAAAAACUCUUGCACGGAAGUUAAAGCCAAAAUCACAGAUCAAAAACAACGAGAUGCUGUCCUGAAACAGGGUUUCAACAAGGAGAAAGUUCCUCAGGACUUGGAUGCCAUUGUUGUAGGAAGUGGGAUUGGAGGAUUGUCUGUAGCUGCUAUUUUGGCAAAGGCAGGCAAGAAAGUCUUGGUGCUGGAGCAGCAUGACCAGGCUGGCGGCUGCUGUCACACAUUUAUAGACAAAGGAUAUGAGUUUGAUGUCGGCAUUCAUUACAUUGGUGAGAUGAACUAUGAGUCAAUAAGUAAGACUUACCUUAACCAGAUCACAAAUGGUCAACUAGAAUGGGCACCAAUGCGUGAUGACUUUGAUGAAGUGGUGUUUGCUGAAAAAGGUCAGGAGCCACGCAGGUAUCCAGUGUUCUCUGGAGAAGACAGAUGGAAGGAGUCUCUCAAGAAAAGGUUCCCAGCAGAAGCAGAAAAUAUUGAGAGAUUCUUCAAGCUAAUAAAAGAGGUUUACCCAGGCAGUUCAAAAGCAUUGUUAGUGAAAUUUAUCCCACUGUGGGCUGUGCGGCUGUUGAAAGCUACAGGGCUUAUUAAAUAUUUUACCAAUUUCUUCGAGUGGAAUGCCAAGUCAUGCAAGGAAGUUGUCUGGGGGCUGACAAAGAACCAGGAGUUGCGUGAUAUCUUCUGCUAUUCUUUCUAUGACUUUGGUACACCGCCUAGUCAAGCAGGUUUCCCAAUGCAGACAUUACUGCACGGCCAUUUUUCACAGGGGAGUUCAUAUCCAGUUGGAGGAGCAUCAGAAAUUGCCUUCCAUAUUAUUCCAGUGAUUGAAGAUGCUGGUGGUAAGGUUUUCGUUCGUGCUGAGGUAACCCAGAUCAUUCUUGAUGGUGAGGGUAAAGCAUGUGGAGUUCAAGUUAAGAAAGGAAAAGAACUACAGGAAGUUUCAGCUCCUCUUGUCAUAUCUGAUGCAGGUGUGUACAACUCCUUUCAACGACUUCUCCCACCGGAUGUGGCCUCGUCAUCGUACCUCUGGCCUCUAGUACAGGAAGGAAAACAUGGUCCUGGGUCCUUGUCUGUAUUUGUGGGUCUCAACUGUGAUUCAGAGGAGCUUGACAUUGUCCAACGGAAGAAUAUCUGGGCAUAUACUGGAAAUAACAUUGAUAAGUUGUAUGUCAAUUAUAUGAAUCUAAGCCGAGAAGAAGCUCUAGAUGCCGAUCUUCCUAUUGUGUUCAUCUCCUUUCCCUCUACAAAAGAUCCUGAAUGGAAGAAAAAAUAUCCUGGCAAGACAACAAUGGCUUUGGUGUCACUGAUGCCAUAUCAUUGGCUGGAAGAAUGGAAAAAUGAGCGUGUUAUGAAGCGUGGCGAUGAAUACGAAUCUCUCAAAAAUACAUUCGGUCACAAGGCUGUUGAACAAGCUUGCCAGUUAUUUCCAUCAAUUCGGGAACACAUUGAUUAUGUAAACAUUGGAACCCCACUCUCCAAUUCUCACUAUCUUGGUGCACCACAAGGCGAAAUUUAUGGACUGGACCACACCAGGGAAAGGUUUUCCAUCUGGAAUUAUGCAAUACUCAGACCACAAACUGAUAUUCCAGGAUUUUACCUGACUGGACAGGAUAUCUGUUCUUGUGGGUUUGCAGGAGCUUUGUGGGGAGGUCUUUUGUGUGCUUCAUCCAUCUUACACCGCAAUGUUCAGAAUGAUCUAGAGUCCCUCCACCAGACUCUACAUGAUGAGGUCAAAGCUGAAGCUAAAGCUAAAUAAAUUUGUCACAGUAUAACAAAGGGAGAUUUUAUCAUUGUUGAAUUUAUACUAAAGUGGUUUAUUGGAAUUAUGGACUUAUCAAAACAAGCUGUUUGUUAUUGAUGUCAGCAACCAGUAGCUAUCAAAUUCCUUGUAUCAAAAUACUUUGACUACCAUCGAGAGUAACCUGACAAUAAUAAAAGUUACUUGUUAAUUGCAAAUUUGCACCUGUCUUCACUUUUACCUUUACCACAUCUAAAACAUCUCUAUGAUCGUUUUUGAUAAGUGCAUGGUAGGGAGAAGAUAUUUAUAAUCUUGUAAUAUUUAUUAUAUCUGCAUAUGACGCAAUGUUUUGGUAUUCCCUCCAUUACUCUUUGUGAGCAGAUGUAGAAUUACUCCUUAUUCCACAUCUUAACUUUAAUUAAAAAUGUUUAAAAUGUGAUAAAAUUGUUUACCAUGUCAGUGCUUGCAAAUAAGAAACUUAGGUUAGCAUGCAGAUAUCAUGAAGAAGCUUAAAUAGUCAUCAGCUGUUAAUCAACUGCUAUGCUGGAUAUAUUCCGUUAUGCCAUUACGUUAGUUUUACUCAUUGGUACUGCCUGAGAUUCACACACCACUGUGUCCAUAAUUUAUGUAAACCACAGUAAUAAAUAAUUAGGAAAAUUUAUUAAAUAUUUUUUGUUUUCAACGUACCAGCCGUAUCCCACUGAGAUGGGGUGGCCCAAAAGGAAAAACGAAAGUUUCUCCUUUUAAAUUUAGUAAUAUAUACAGGAGAAGGGGUUACUAACCCCUUGCUCCCGGCAUUUUAGUCACCUCUUACGACACAAAUAGCUUAUGGAGGAAGAAUUCUGUUCCACUUCCCCAUGGAGAUUAAAUAUAUAGGAAUAUUUUACUAAACCGAAAUUAUUCAAUGGUAUACCUUAUUGGUGAGUGGUGCUAUGUAUAGUAUUAGGAAAAUACUAUUGAAUUCAUAUAACUGCAGUAAUAAAAAAAAAUAAUUGCUAAUAAUUUUUAGGUAGUUGUGGUAAUUUUUCAGGCAACUAAUCUCUUAAUCAAAUUAUAGACAAAAUGCAUUUCACUUUAAUUUACAGCUUGAGAAAAUACAGUGGCAGUAUAUCAAUGCAAUAUUGAUAUAGAUGCAAGGCAGAUGGAGUAUACUUUAAAAUUGUACAUUUGGUAGGUAAUGAAGUCUGCAAGUUACUAUUUCUUCAUGUGGUGAGAUUUGUCUGAGUGAUAAAUAUCAAAGGUGCUAAUGAAACUUCUUUAUAUCAGUAGAAUGUUAUAAGUUUGUAGAUCAUAAAGUUGUAUGACCCUUUUGGGUUUAGUGCUUAAGUUGAUUAGGUGUCCCAUGGUUCAGUUGGUAGUGCACUUGCCUCACACUGAGUGUCCGUGGUUCAGUCCCCGGCAUGGCUGGAAACAUUUGACGUGUUUCCUUACACCUGCUUUCCCUGUUCACUUAGCAGUAAGUAGGUACCUGGGUGUUAGUCUACUGUCAUGGGUCACAUCCUGGGGAAUAAGAUUAAAAAGGACCUUAAUUAAAAUAAGAGUUCCCAAUGACACACUGAUGUCAUUGAGUUAUCCUGGGCAGCAAACCCUCCAAGUUACAAAUCUGGCCAAAUCUUAUCUUAUAUUUUUAUUGAAGACCAUGAAGAUGGACUUCAUUACAAUUGAAUAUAGAGUCAAGGAAGUGUAUUAAAGGUAUUAUUCACCAAUUGUGUCUGGAAAAUCUCUAUUGUUAUCCCAUUUUAUUUUUACAAACCUUGUUCUGCACAUUCUUUCCUGAAGAGCAAGAACAUGCCUGGAUUAUAUACGCAUUUUUUCCUUUGUUACUUUUAAGAUAUAACAAAUAUUAUUAUAGAUAAAUAUAUUGGGAUUCACUAUAAGACUUGUUUCAUGGCAAAAGGUGCUAUGGUUAUGAAAAUAGUGAAUUUAAGAAACUGUCAUUUUCCAAAACUUCUGCUCAGAUUAGAAUACAUAGGGUUCAGGAUUGUAUGAUUAACAUAUUUAAGUAAUAAAUUAGCAAAAUCUAUAGAUAA